CAUAGUUGUUCAAAUCCCCAAAUGGUGAUGGCCCCCCACACUCCCCCGUUGGUCUUUGUUCACAUUGCACCAAGCCCACUUCUUCAAGUAGGCGCAAGCAUGGUACAGAGUGAUCACACUAGUCAAACAAAAUGGACUUUGGGGGUCAAAUAUGCUCGGGCAUGGUAUGGAUUGCCUAGUGUGAGUCCACCCAUAACCUGUUAUUUUUUGGAGAAACUGAUUAUUAAAUCUGUGAAGAAAUUCAAUGAAGCGUGGGUAAAUGGCGGGAGUAACUAUGACUCUCUUAAGGUAGCCAAAUGCCUCAUCAUCUAAGUAGUGAUGCGCAUGACACGUAUAUCUAAGGCUGGAUUACUGACUGGGCAAAAAUUCAGUUUCAAGAUUUUAAGAAACAGUUUGGAUCCUUUGUAAAAAUCAUGAAUUUCAAAACCCUAGUUUUUUAUACAGGUCUACUGGUUGGUUUCUGGGUGCCUGGGAAAAUACCGGUAACAACUGCCAUAUCAGUAGAGACGUAUGUUUGAAGGCGUUUCAUCACUUUCUCCUGCUAUCUGGAAAACAUAAUUUAAUCCCAGAUACAUCACAGCUACAUUUUGGUUUUUACACAAAAGGAAGAAUUUAUGUUAUUUUCUUGUUUCUGUGUUCUGUUUGUAAAACUAACAAGUGAUUUUUUUUUCAUUUGCCCUGUUAUCAUUCUAGUGGGGAAAUCAAAUGGUUAAAACGUAUUAAGGCCAUUGGGGCCCAACAACAAAAUUUUGCCCGAGGCCCCGUUAGGAGGUUAAUCCGGCUAUGUGUAUACAUCUGUAAAACAGUUGGACUAAAUUUAGUGGAUUUUAGUCCCUCGCCUCUCGUGAUUCUCGCUGACUGGACGUCAUGACGGUGUGCGGAUACGUCACCUCACGUAUGACCGAAGAGAGCACAGGCCCAGUCCGGACUGCUAACACUUUGGAUGAAAUAUUUAACCACAUUUCCUACCUGUGUUUUUUUUUUUAACGUUUUAUUUUUGAAGGCGGAAUUUCCCUGCUUCCGCUGCUGGGCUAAAGACUGGGCGUGUCCCUGCAGCUGCUCACAGCCCCACCCUCUCGCUCCGCGCCGUAGUUGUUGUUGUUUUUAUUAACAGUCACGCGCUGUGGCUCGUGCUGUCAUUACCUAGGUUUGUGGCGAGAGAGCUGGCUCGUCGCGCGCAUGCAGCAGAAUGGCUCGAGCGGGUCCAACGGUUCUGAUGGCUGCAGCAGAGAGCGUCAGUCUCUGUCCUUCAGCCCGCUGCCCGCUGCUACUACACGGGUAAGACGCUUCAUUCAGGAGAGACGGACGCUGCCUCUACCCAGAGUGAUGGUGGUAUUCUCGGCCGCAGGGGACACCGAGAAACCGAGCGAUGCCAUGUCCAGCUCGGACUCUGCGGAGGAUGAUUUCCGAAAGCCGGCCUCCCCCUCGCCGAACCUCACCCUCAGCAAGCCGCUCCGCUCCCCGCUGAACGCGCAGGAGCAGGAGUUUCCAGAGGUCAUCUCUCUGAACGUUGGGGGCACGUACUUCACCACUCGCCUGUCCACGCUGCGGCGAUAUGAGGAUACCAUGUUGGCUGCCAUGUUCAGUGGGCGUCACUACAUCCCACAAGAUGCUGAGGGACGCUACUUCAUUGAUCGGGAUGGAACAUAUUUUGGGGACAUCCUGAACUUCCUCAGAGAAGGUGAGCUUCCCCAUAGGGACCGAGUCAGAGCCGUGCACAGAGAGGCUCAGUACUACUCCAUCGGCCCGCUGCUGGACAGCCUGGAGGACAUUCAGCCACUCACAGGAGAAAAAGUUCGGCAAGCUUUCCUCGACCUGCUGCCCUACUACAAAGACAAUCUGGAGCGUAUUGUGGAGAUUGCCAAACUGAGGGCCAUGCAGAAAAAGGCACGAUUUGCCAAGUUAAAGAUCUGUGUCUACAAGGAGGAGAUGCCUAUCACGCCAUACGAGCGUCCUCUUUUUAACUCUCUGCGCUUUGAACGCUCGGACAGCGAGGCCAAGCUCUUUGAGCAUCACUGCGAGGUGGAUGUUUCCUUUGGACCUUGGGAGGCAGUGGCAGAUGUUUACGACCUGCUGCACUGCAUCGUCAGUGACCUGGCCGAGCGCGGCAUCACAGCCGAGCAGCAGUGCAUCGGUGUCUGUGACAAGCACCUUAUCAACCAUUAUUACUGCAAGAGGCCCAUCUAUGAGUUUAAGAUCACAUGGUGGUGAAGCUGGAGGGAGACAGUCAUGGCUGUUUGGACCAAAAAGCAAAAUGAGGGAUGUUUUGUUUUUUUCUAUAACUCAGCUGAUAUUGUUUUUUUUAUCAAAGUUGCCAAUAUUUUGUGCUGAUGUCUUAAAAUGUGACCCUUUAAACCAUGCUCCAAUUUAUAAAUAUUACCCAAAAUACUUUUCUGCCCUACCUAAAAAAGGAAACACAAUGAAGUAAGCAAGCACACUCAGUUAUCAGUUUAUUAGGUACACCAAGCUAAAAUUAAAGCAGUCUAAACAGAUAUCUAAACAGAUUUAUCUUAGUGUACUUAAUAAAAUGGCAACUGGGUGUAAGUACCAAUACUUUACAGUGAAAUUCAGGCCAGUGACCGCCAGUGGUUUAACUUCUCAUCAGUGAUGUACAGGUGAACUCAGGGAACUUGUGACAUCAGUGUUGGGAAAUAGACUUAAACUUUUAAAGCAGAGAGGGCAGAAACACUGCUGUUGAGCCUUCGAUUAAGUUACUAUUUAAAGGUCUGUUGACCUACAAAUGAUGACAUUCAUGACACAUUUCAGACUUAUUUUUAUUUUUUACACCAGUGUCUUCACAAGAUGUGU